UUGAAAAUAUUGUUGGCGAAAACGAAAGUCGGAGGAUCAAAAUCGUUGAAUAUACAGUUGGGAAGAUAACAGAAAACAAUAUUCUGAUGACAGAAGUAGGUGAUUUCAAUGUUUUAGUGCGGGGUUCUGAUGUAGAGUUUGAGUAUGCGUGCACACCGUGCGCAGAAGACGGCAGCAAUCAAGAAGCAAUGAAAUACUGCCCGGAGUGUAAAGAAUAUCUUUGUGCAGCUUGUACAAAAUAUCAUCUAAAGGUUUCCGCAACGAAGAAACACAACCUGCUUGAAAAAGAUUUCCAGCAACACGAACAUAGAUUUGAUACCAGUGAAGGAGUAGUGAAGAAAAGCGACAAAUGCGCUGCUCAUGCGGAACGAGAUGUUGAGAUGUACUGCCGUUCGCAUGAUAUGGUAUACUGUGCUCUAUGCAUUGCUAAAGAUCACAGGUCAUGCACAGAUGUGUUUGAAAUUGAUGAGGCAGUCACUCGCUUUUCUGCACAGUCAGACGAGAUUAUGGUAGAAAAAGUUGAAAGUGCGUUGAAGCAUAUGAUUGAGAUGAAGCAAAACAAAGAUGAAAACAUCAAAAUGGUCGAGAAGCAAAAUAAGGAGAUGCAAUUGAAAGUACAGCAAACAAAAAAAAAGCUUAUUCAACACGCUGAAAAGCUUGCUGACGAAACAACAAAGACGGUUGACACUUUGCACACCAGUCUUAUACAAGAGUUAGCAAAUGAGCGGGAUACUGUCAUUAAAAGUAUUACAAUGUUAGAAAACUGCAGACGACAACUGAAUUCUUCAGGGACCUUUGAUAAAAGCGUACAAUUUGUGAAGCAAAAGCUACAAAAAGGUAUUUUAUCUGCUGCUGAAAACCUUUUUGAUGACACUUGUAAGUUUGAAUCAAAGAAAAUCACAUGCAAAGAGAAUGAUGUUUUGCUCGAUCAAAUCAUGAGUGCUACGUCCCUUAUGAAAGUAGAAAGAAGCGUAGAUCAGAAGAAGUCAACUUGGAACAUACCACCUACUAUUAAGUCGAUGAGUACAGUGAAUGUAAAGGAAUCUUCGGAUAUGAAAGAGUGUGACAUUGUGGGUAUCUGUCAGCUUUCAGACGGAACCAUUAUUCUGGCAGAUUGCGCUAACAGUAAAAUUAAGCGACUUGAUGAUCAGUACAGAGUCAGUGAUCACUGUGACAUAGAAGCAGGUCCGACGGGAAUAUGUUGCACUGGCAUAAAUGAGGUGGCUGUGAAGUUGAGGAAUAAUAAGGUUCAGUUUGUGUCAGUUGGUGCUCAGAUGUUAAAAACAGUUCAAUUUGACAUUAAAGGCGGUAUAUAUAUCGGAUUUGUCAUGUUUGCUGAUACAAUAUGGAGUUAUAAUGGAUAUGGGGCAGACAUUUACUGCAAAUCUGGCACGCUGUUGAAGACCCUUAAGGAUGAUUCAUCCGGGAAACAGUUUUUCAAAUCAGCAUCAUCGACAUGUGUUAUCCCAAUUGCCAGUAAUAAAUCAUCCGUGUAUGUGUCAGACUUGGGUAGCAGAGUUGUUUGUCUCGACACGAGUGAGAAUGUAAAAAUGAUGCUGACAGAACCAAAGCUCAAACAGAUAAGAGCUGCGUGCAAAUCCGAUUAUGGCAUUGUGUUUGUAGCAGGAUGGUCAUCGCAUAAUAUCAUGAUGUUUGGAAGUGACGGCAAAUAUCUGGGUGAAUUAAUAGCUUCUGACCAGGGCAUCAAGUAUUCUAAGUCAUUGUGUUACGAUAGUAAAAAACGUAAACUAGUUGUCGGUUCUAUAAGCAACAAUAUUUCGGUGAUAGAGCUCAGCAUUUGACGUCCUGUUGAAAGGCUUAUGAAAAAGUGUUUAGGUAAUCUGUAAAAAUACACCUAUUACCAGUCGGAAGUGGUAAGCGAACAAAGUUGCUUUUCUUGAUGAAAGUGAGAAUAUGAAUCUGAAACAAAACAAAAAUGGGCAUUUCAAGUGAUCGGUUUGUUUGUAGCAGAUCUUUUGUCUAGCAACAUCACCGUGAUUUAAAGUGAUUGCAGUUAGGGUCUAGCUGAACUGAAAGCGCAUGAACAGGGAGUGAAGAAUCCCUAGUAACUAAGUCAGCGUUACAAUACCAAGAAACUGUAACAGAUUGUUAGCUGGUAUUGCAUGUAUAGAUAGACUUUUAAUAUUUGAUGCCGUUAUUCCUGUGUUAUGUCUCCCACCACAAGGUGGUGUUGGAGACAUAUCGAUUUACUUUUCCCACCCGAUCUUCACCAAACUUAAACAAAAUGUGUCAAGUUUGACAACUAGCUAAAUCGGCCCAGGCACUCGGAAUUAUGACCCUUAAAUUACCAAAAGUCAGCCUUUUCACUUUUGUACGCGCUCUAAGUCAAACAUUUCCCACCCGAUCUUCACCAAACUUGAACAAAAUGUAAUUGACAAUAAGUUCUCGGCCAAGUUCGAUAACUAACCAAAUCGGCCAAGCCACAUCGGAAUUAUGGCUCUUGAAUUACCCAAAAUCAGCCUUAUGUCUCGCACCACACAGUGGUGUGGGAGACAUAUUGACUUACUUCUGUGUGUGCGUG